ACAUUGAUGGCAUUUAGUGGGAGAUUACAGCUGUCCGUAGUUUAAUGGAACACUGUAUCCAGACAUAUGUUGGCAAUAAAUGUACGUUUUCUGCGGUGUAUUCUGGUGACAUUUUUGCUUUAUCGACUUGAUAAAAUAAGUAACGAGACGCAGGCUGCAAACUCAUAUGUCACUGCGGUUUGACAAAAGGUCAGUGUUAGGCAGUUGGCUCAGCGAUGUCUGUGACACAAACAUUUCCCCUGGUUACUCACUACUGUGUACAAGGAUAACUGGAGACAAGUGUAAGCUGGCCGGCUGUUUAACUCUGUGACGGCUGCGCAUGUGCAGAGCGAAAACUGACUGUGCAGAAUGGGGUGUACAGGUGUAUGUACCUGCACGCAAUACCCAUAGCCCCUUUGCUGUCUCUCACAACAGCCCAAGCUGGCAGGGUGUACCAGGAAGGAGCACUGGUUAUUUUGCAGUUGGGUGACGUGUGUUCUUCAUGUUCAUAAACUGUUGCUAUAGGGACUGACAGGCAAUUGCACCUGUCUGCUUUUCCUCGCCCAGAGCUGUCAACUAGACUCGGCUGGAUUCGUUCAGCGUGCCUUUUAUUUAUGUUAAAUGUUUUGUAUAUGUUAUUUUACUGUCCUGCUACGUGUCUGGUUUAGCCUCAUGUUGUGUGAGGUAACUUGUGUUUGGCUGACAGGUGAGUGCUGGUUAACACGUGACUUGUCUGAUUAGGAACUCUAGAACUCAAGGCGCGUUGCAUGAUUUACAAUAAAGUGUUGUGUAGUUAGUCUGAGCGCGCACUAACCCUUCGGUUGCUGAAAGGCGGAGUCUUUUCCGAGAAAUGGACUGUACCAUGAGCUCUCCCCAUAUUGGAUUUAUUGGAGCUGUCUGGGAAAGCAGUGCGUGUGGCACAAUAAUGAAGCACACUGACAGGUGUAUGUGCUUGACCCGGGAACAGGAAUCCUACAAAAGGCUGCGCUUGGGAGCUUCAGCAAUAGGACAGUGUCCAUGACAUGAGGGCCUGGAGGGGUGCGCAGUUGUGCACUAUUGGGAUAAUUAUGUUGAUUAGGGUGGCCAGGGUGGGGUACAGUUAAAACCACUUGAGAGGCGGGGGCAUAAUUGCCAGGGAACCCCACAAUAAAUAUACUUGUAUGUUUCAGUUUAGUACAGGGAACCCCGAUUGCUACUCUUGUAUGUGGUCCCCUUAUGGGAAAAGCCAAUUUCUGAUGAUGAUGGAGCCUGGGCUUGGGGGUGGGAGUGUUGUGUGUGUUUGUGAUUAGGAAUGGGAGCAGCGUGACCUCCUCUGCUGACGUGUGUAGUGACGAGCGUGGGAUAUAGUGGAGGGCCCGGGAGGGAUACGUGUGCAUUUGGCUGCGGCUGAUACUCCUCACUUGCUGUACCGCGGGACAUCUUUGUGGAUGGCAAGAAAGCUUCCUGUUUGCUUUGAUUGUCCCGGUGACGCACUGUCUUCUGCUUCUCUGCAUCUAUAGCACAGGGAUACCCGCUACCAUUCUGCGCACACUGAUUGAUGGAUUAUAUAAGAUAACAGGGCUCCGUGUUGGCCGCUUGGGCACUGCCAAUGCCAAACCAUUAACGGUUGUUGGAGAUGGGCACUUUCCACAAGAGGAAUGCGUCUUCUGAUUGAUCACACAAGAGAUGUUUCAUUGUACCUUCCCUGGAGCUGAGAAUUCUUUGGGGAUGGAAGUAGAAACGUGCUGCCAAUGUAGGAAAGUUGUGCCACCGGCUACUUACACCGCAUGAUCAGGGAGGCUUUUCUUUAUGAUGAUCUAGAAGAAACCAAGCUAAAUUCGGAUAAUGGAGAACAGGAUGCCUGUUAUACAGUGCAAUCAAGAUACAUCACAUACAUCAGUGGAGAAAUCUAACAGCCCAACACAUGGGAACAAGGAUAUUUAUGGCUCAGAUGAUGGUUCUAGUAUUGAAGAGACAGAUUUUAACUGGGAUGAGUAUCUGGAAGAAUCUGCUUCAACUGCCGUGCCUCACACCUCUUUUAAACAUGUUGAAAUCAGCCUUCAGAGCAGUUUCCAACCAGGGAUGAAGCUUGAGGUGGCCAAUAAGAGCAAUCCAGACACUUAUUGGGUAGCUACUAUCAUUACAACUUGUGGACAGUUACUUCUGCUACGCUAUUGUGGCUAUGGAGAAGAUCGCAAGGCUGACUUCUGGUGUGAUGUAAUGACAGCAAAUCUGCAUCCCGUUGGCUGGUGUACUCAGAACAAUAAACUACUGAUGCCUCCAGAUGCGGCAUUAGAGGCCAUUGUGUUCCAACGGCAGCAACACUUCCAUGUUUCAAAUGCGACAUCUGCAAUAAAGGAAGAAUGUACUGAUUGGGCAGAGUUUUUGAUCCAUGACCUGACCGGCUCAAGGACAGCUCCUGCCAAACUCCUUGAAGGUCCUCUUCGAGGGAAAACCCCAGUAGACCUGAUUACAGCUGAUUCAUUGAUUGAACUCCAGGAUAAGCAAAAUCCGUUCCAGUACUGGAUUGUCCGUGUGAUAGAAAAUAUCGGAGGAAGAUUGCGGCUGCGCUAUGUGGGACUAGAGGAGUCUGAUUCCUGGGAUCAGUGGCUAUUUUAUUUGGACUACAGGCUUAGGCCUGUUGGGUGGUGUCAAGAAAACCAGUUCAGGAUGGACCCACCAAUAGAUCUUUGCCCAUUAAGGAACAUAUCAGAAUGGAAAAGUGCCUCGGAAAAAUCUUUGGCAGAAGCAGCAAGAUGUCCUCUUCCUGUAGAAGUUUUCAAGGAUCAUGCUGAUUUAAGGAGCCAUUCUUUGACUUACGGAAUGAAAGUUGAGGUUGUGGACCCAGAAGAAUAUAAUUGUAUAUGCCCUGCAACAGUGACUAAGGUGUUCAACAAUCUCUACUUUCAAGUGACUGUGGAUGAUCUAAGACCAGAGGCAAAGGAAGUAUCCAUGCUAUGUCAUGCAGAUUCUUUGGCUCUUUUGCCCAUACAAUGGUGCCUUAUAAAUGGAGUCAAUCUCACUUCUCCUAAAGGUUAUUCAGGACAGGACUUUGACUGGGCAGAUUACCAGAAGCAGUGUGGAGCGGAGGCAGCACCUCAUACUUUGUUUAGAAAUGCAUCCAGUUCUCGAGGUUUUACAAAAGACAUGAAGCUUGAAGCAGUCAAUCCGAGUAAUCCUGCAGAAAUCUGCGUUGCCUCUGUGACCAAAGUUAAAGGGAGAUUGUUAUGGCUCCACCUUGAAGGUUUACAGAAGCCAGUCCCAGAGUACAUUGUCGAUGUGGAAUCCAUGGAUAUUUUUCCUGUUGGCUGGUGUGAAGCAAAUUGCUAUCCGCUCAGUACUCCACUUACAGCAGUUGUGAAAAAGAAGAGGAAAGUUGCUGUGGUGCAGCCAGAGAAACAAUUGCCUUCAUCAGUACCUUCUGAGACAAUACCUCAAGAGCCCUCUCCUUUUCCAGAUAACAAUUUAUCAGGAAUUGUCAAUGGGAAAUAUUGCUGCCAGCAACUUUUUAUCAAUCAUCGCUGCUUUUCAGGACCAUUUUUAAAUAAAGGAAGAAUUGCAGAGCUACCUCAGUCAGUGGGGCCAGGGAAAUGUGUUUUGGUUCUUAAGGAGGUCCUCAGCAUGGUAAUUAAUGCUGCCUACAAACCAGGAAGAGUAUUAAGGGAAUUACAAUUAGUAGAAGAUUCUUUGUGGAAUUUCCAGGAAGAAACAUUGAAAGCCAAAUACAAAGGAAAAACAUACAGGGCAACAGUCAAAAUAGUCCGAACGUCAGAUCAAGUACCAGAUUUCUGCCGUAAAAUCUGUUCUAAGCUGGAGUGCUGUCCCAACUUAUUUAGUCCACUUCUGAUAACUGAUGUGUGCCCUCAGAAUUGUUCUAUUCAUACAAAAACUAAAUAUACAUACUACUACGGAAAGAGAAAAAAAAUUACAAAGCCUUCAGUUGGGGAACAAAGCUUGGAAAAUGUACAAGCAAAGCCAAAAAGGAGAAGAAAGAGAAGAAAAUCCAUAUUUGUACAGAAAAAAAGACGAACCUCUACAAUAGACAUCAGUCCAGUGGAAUCAGCAGAGGAGAGUAUAGAAUAUGAGUUAAUGGAUGAGGAAACUGGAAGUGAGGAGACAAGUUCAGAGCUGCGUGAUGAUCAGACAGACACUUCCUCUGCUGAGGUUCCAUCUGUGCGACCCCAAAGGGCAGUAACACUGCGAAACCGUAUUGUGUCUGAGAGGGCUCCUCCCAUAGAGAGAGCAAGAAGAGAUCGGAAAACACGUUCCUUAUCCAGCAUUGAUGAUGACAAGGACACAACUAUGAAAACUGACAUGAAGGAAGAAGAGCACCUUGUUCUGGAAAGUAAUCCUUUGCAAUGGACAGUGACUGAUGUUGUCAGAUUCAUCAAAUCCACAGACUGUGCACCUCUUGCAAAAAUCUUUCAAGAGCAGGAUAUUGAUGGCCAAGCUCUUUUGCUGCUUACACUCGCCACAGUGCAGGAAUGUAUGGAACUGAAACUGGGCCCAGCCAUUAAAUUAUGCCAUCAAAUAGAGAGAGUCAAGGUUGCAUUCUACGCACAGUAUGCCAACUGAACAUUCUGCUUGUCUUGAUGUGCCUAAUUUAUAUUGUAAAGGUGUUUUGUUAAAAUGCUAAAGCACUGGUAGCUUUAUCUACGCAAUUGUAUUUCCAUAUCUGUAGAGCACAUGCACAUAAAGCACUAGUCUGUCGAUGUUUGUUAUCAUGGUCUUGAGUUGGAGAGAUAAAAAUCCAUAAGAAGUUUCUUACAAAGAAAAACAGGCGUAUCAGGCCUUUUGUUUGUCUGAUAUCUGGUGUAAAGGCAAAGUUCAGCACGUCUGAUAUAUUUGCAAAUCUUGUAUUCUUCUUUCAUAUUGAAAGCGUGUGGUUGUUUUUACUGUGAUCCGUGGCUUACAUGAAAGCUUUGAUCUCAACGAUUAGCACAUUUUCUACUGUUGCUUCUUGACAUUUUCUAACAAUAGACAGCAAAGCGAUGCUCUUCAGCACAUUGGCCCAGUGGGUAAUGCUGUGUAAUGCACUGUUUUAUGGACCUGACUUGUUCGAAUGCAUACUUUGUCAUUUCAUUCCUGCAGUAGCCUGUGGUUACUCACACAAGAUAAUGAAGGAGCAAAGAUCUAGGCAUCCGGUUUCAUAGCAAAUCCACAGUAACUCUAGGCAUGCUUUAAAUCAAAUGCUGACAAUUUUAUAAUAAUGUAAUAAUAAGUUACUUGUGAUACUCAUCAUUAGCAUGAAAAGAUCACACUGAAAGCCAUCACAAAGAGAAUAGAAAGCUUAUUGUAGAACUGAGAUAGGCAAGUCCACUUUAGCCUUCUCAUGCCACAAAUCACUCGCUGAUGGGCGGAAAAGGCAAUUAGCUAAAUACACUGGUGAGAGGAAAGAUUCUACACUUUUUUUUCUUAUAGCUAAGGCAAUUUAUGUUGUUUUUUUGCAGAGAUAUAUAAUGAUAUAUAAAUCAGAAUGUAUGACAAAAAUUCCCAACAAAUGAUACUGUUAAGGUCUGAACCUUCUUUGGACACUCAAGGUUUAUAGUCUUGAUGGACCGUCUGUCAGAGCUAUUUUUAAGGGCAAGUAAGGCAGAUUUUUUUAGAUUAUAAAAUUGGAUACAAAUACAUUGGUCUUCUCAGUCAAUGUCACUUAUGUCACUCCAACAAUAACUAUCUCAUACACAACAAUUACCUUUCAGCAAGGCCACCUUUCCAUGUCCCGUCCAAAUUUAUGUGCAACUUCAAUAUUGUAUUGAUAAAGGAUUGUUAUACCCAAAACAUGUUAUGUCAACAAAUACACAUUGCAGUUAUUCUGCCUUUGGCCGUAUCCUUUCCUAUUAUACAAUACUGUUAUGUCACUCCGUAUCUCUGCAACUUUCAUAGUUAAAAUGGAACGAACAGCUUUUCAUUACAAUGCAAUGGGAGAUCACUGCUGUAAAAAUGUAAGGUACAAGCGAUAAUCAGGCGUGGCCGGUCACACGGAACCAGGGAUUUUCACUUGCAUUUUCAAAUGAUAAAUUCACAUGCAAGGUAUCUCACUGUGCUUCCGAAUUAUUGGGAUUGGAAUGCAAAACACAGCAGUUGCCUAAAGCAACUCCCAUUGACUUCUACAUGAACUCGACCAGUUUUUUGCACUUAAUAAAUACUAAACAUUAGAGUUUUUGAAUAGAUAACUUGAAUUUGUGAGUUUUUGUUGUGAAUCAGAACAUUGAUAAAUCACCCACUUAAUACCGUUUAUUUCUGAUUACCAGAUAUGUCUUGAGAAAUUAAGUUUACUAAAUUAAAUGUGCAUUGUAUAUUGCGUCACGGCAGCAUCCAUCAUUUCCAUGCAUAUAUUGAAACAAAUAUCCUUAGUUAAAAAUCUGCUUUCAGCUAAAAUCCUUGCUUUUGCCCAAUUACUUCUAUGUUGAGAAGUAUAUUCAGCUUUUUUCUGUUCCUGUUCUGUCAAUGAAUGCAGCAAGCACCUGUGCAUGUUAUAGUAUCAAUCACCACCUUUAGUAAUGUACAGAAAUUGACUUGAGUCUCAGGAAAAUGCUCUGUAUAUUUUUUUAUACAAGUGGUGUUCCUGUGAAAAAUAAACUUUAUUAAACAACUCACCUAAGCAAAAACUCUUUUACCAUCAGAAGGCAUGGAAGGAACAGUUCCUUGAGAAAAGCUACUGAUUAAACUAGUCAUGUUACUGGUACUACUCCGGUGCAUUUGUUUUCCCACCUUCCCCUGGAUCUAGGAACAGUGUGACUCUUUGAUUAGUUAAUGGCUAUUGUUGGUGUAUUUAUACUGUUUUCUCUAAAAAGUCAAGUGGAAACAACAUUUGUUUUUUAUUUUUAAUAUUUGAUGUAACUUCCUCUAGACCAAGAGUGCAGGUGUGACUUCAACAGUGUCUGUGGUGUAUUCAGCCAGUUCAAAACUAAAUCUGGAUGUGCACAAAGCAGAAUGGGACAGGUUAAACUCAAGAGCGGUUGUUAUUGUGAAAAGGAUGUGCACUUAACAGCAGCUCUCAGAUAAACCAGCAUAACAUGGUUUAGAGAUCUCCCAUAUGGCAGAGGUUUUGCAGUCACUGGGUAAGUGUAUGUGCCAAAUGUAGAACCACUAGAAUUUAGAAAGGAACACUGGAAGCCCAUUGUUAGACACAUCUGCUCUAAUCUGUUCCAUGCAGCAGGCUUGUAGAAAAUGUAGUGUUAAAAUGAGUACAAUGCUCAGCUGCAUAGUCUAUACUUACCCUAUUUCUAGAGAAAGGUCAAAAAUAGAUUUUGUCUCCUAACUUUGUUUAGAUGAUAUGAAAGCACAUAUUGCAAAUCAUUAAUAUCUUCUUUCCAGCAGACAAAAAAAAAAGUGUUUUGUUAAUCCAGCUCGGAUAUAUUUGUUAAAAUGCAUACAAAUGUCAGCUCAUAUUUAAUUAGCUUGAAAGGUUAUAAUAGGGUAAUAGAAUUCAUACUUUAUAUUCAAGAGACUUGGUGGACAAUCAUUCAGUCUAAAAACAGUAAAGUAUACACAAAUUCCUCAUGCAUAUAUGCAUAUGACAGCUACUUAAAAAUCAUUAUCCAAGGCUUAUCGUACAGUCUUAUUUCUUUGCUUUAAGGUAAAAUAAAGGAAGCAGGAAGUAGUGUUAUUGUUUUGUCUUGUUAAGGGCAAAGGGUUCUUUAUUGUUUACUGAUGUAUAUAGUCAAAUUAAAAUAAAUAAAUUGCAUGCUAUAAGUAAGCCUCCAUUGCUUAAUAUCUGUGACAGUAAAAGAUAUACCAUCCUGUUGAGUACAGAAAUCUCCUGAAGCUGCAUCUGCAACCUCUUCUGAAUCUGCAAGUAUUGCAAAAAGUAGUUGUAAAGUAGUAAUGUUUAGUACCUAUAAUUGAGCAGGCACAUCAGCUUGACCAGUGGCAUAACUAGAUGUUACUGGGCCCCACAGCAAAUUAAUUUUAGGGCCCCCUGCUUUACCAAUAUAUGGUGAAAUUUCUCAGGGCUUCAUAGGGCCCUUUUUACCUCCUGGGCCCCUCUAGAGCCACAGGUUCUGCUUCCUCUGUAAGUAAUGCCCUUAAACUUGAUAAAACCAGUCAAAAUAUAAUCUCUUCUACUAUAUUAUGAUUGCCACCUCAAACUACUGAAACCAAUUUUUUUAAUUAUAAAUGUCUUUAUUUGCUUGUAAUAGAAACAUACAAAAUUGAAUGUAACAGGUCAUUACAUAAAUAGGGUUACAAAUUUAGAUGGAGGCAGGCCUACACACACACACACACACAGUUUUUCCAAAAAAGUACUCAUCAGAAUACCCUAUUCAAUAACAAUUACAUUUUAUCUCCUCUAGGGGUACACCUUUUCCUGCUCAGAAUCAUAACAGAUAAAGGGCCAUCCAGGCAGUUGUAAAUAUUCUCAUAUGUUUCAGUUCUUGUUCUUAAGGGGUUUCUCUCUGCUAGUUCCUAUAUACCAAGUAGUAAACUGAAAGACAUAAGAAAUUUCCUGUUAACGUGUGGGAGGUUAUGUUUGUACAUAUUUUGUCCAAGUACCAAAGAAAGUUGUGACUUGGGGCUCUCUUUUCAGAGUGGCUUCCAACAAAAUCAAGCAUAAUAAAAAUCAUUUCAAGUGGUGGGAGUAGGUCUGAUAUCCAACAAUGGAGUGUAGCUUUCUGCUGACUGCCGAGACUAUAUUUACUAAUCACUUUUGUUUGUCUCCGAAAAUAGUAACCAAAUAUUUAAAAAAUCUACAUGCAGCACAUAGUGGAGGAGACUAUAGGUACGCAGUGUAAAUCUUCACUGAUUACUAGAUAGCUCCAAUGCAUGCAUAUUUUAUACGAUUGCAGUUGUAAACAUAUUAAGAAUAAUGUUAUGCCUAUUGGUUCCUAGAAAAGAAAAUCAUUGAACUUUUCAAUAUAUUCUCACCAGAGCACUGGUUGUAGUCUUAUUAGUACUGUAACUGGAACUCCCUUAUAAAAGAGAAUCAAUAUUAAUAUGCUUUGCCUACAGUGAAGUCAGCGUGUGCUGUAUAUAUGUGCACUAGUAUAUCAGAUUAGGAAUGCUGUGGGCAAUGUGUGCCUUAUGCAACUUAAACAGAUAAAGGAACAGUCCAGCAAAAUGUGGGGACGAGGUUUGAUAUAAUUAAUUGAAAAAGAAAAUGUAAAACUGUACCAGAGGCAACAUCCACAAAUCAAUUAUUGUAAUUACACCAGCUGAUCCAAUAGUGAUACAAAAUGGAUUUCACUAAACAGUUAGUAGCCAAUGAGGAUUUAAUGAUACAUAAGGGAAUGAGACAUUCAAGGAAUAACUAUUUCCAUUAUCAAUACCUUUUGAAAUAAGGACAUAUAGCAUUAUAAGGAUUUGUUAAACAAUCAGUAGGAAUCAGUGCAGGGAGUAAUCUGAUUAUCAUUUUGGUGUCAGAAAGGAAUUCUCCCUUUGACUGCCAUUAGAAUUUCCAUUUUUGAAAUGAUACAUUCUUGGAAAUGGUAAGAAGUAGUUCAGAUGAACAAGUCUACUUGAGCAUGAGCUGUAGAAAUCAUUAACAACUCAAAAUGAAUAUUUAAAUAUUCAAUUAUAAUAUCAUGCCAUUAAUAUCAGAUCUUGGCCACAUUCUUAAUUCUGUAAUUAGUGGUAUAAAAGAUGCUUUCCGCCAUUGCCAAAUUUGAACCUUACUACUAUGCUGCAUUACCACCAAUACGUUGUUCUUUUUUUUACUGUCCUGCUAUAAACAUGCCAAAGUUAUUUGCAUGAACUAAAAACAUAUAUGACUUUAACCUUUAGAACAAUCUGCCUUUAACCCUUUAAAUGCUAGCUGCAGUGAGCACCAAAUAUUUCUUUCCCUUAAGGUUCGAUAAAACCUGGAAACCGACUCAAUGGUGUUGGCUUGAAGUUCUUGUAGGUUUUAUGAUGUGGCACUUAUAUGGUUAAAACAGACAUGCACAUUUAGAGACAUGGGGUUAUGCAGUUUUUAUUUUUUUAUGAAUAUACUUGUCUCAAAGUAUUUCAUGGCUCUGGUUAUAAAAUGGACCAACUGCAAAUAAGUAGGUUAAUACGGUGAUCAAAUACACACUGCAUAGCCAUCUAAUUAUCAGGCAUUGCUUCCAAAAAAAGGGGGGAUCAAAAUGUGAUUGUAGUUGACUGUAAUUUUGACUGCUGCUUGAAUUUUCCAAUUGACAUUAAUGGCUUAUGCAUGGUCUGAAAUGGUAUAAAAUAUGGCAUUUGGGUCGCUUGAAAGAAUAUACAUUCCUUUUAAAUAAGCCAUUUACAUAAUUUAAUAAGCAGGUUAUAAAGUAUCCUUGGAAUUAUUUGUACAUGUUGGCAACUAUGUUGUUCUGAAAAUCAGUUUGUGGAAAGCACCAGAGUCUCUGACAUGCAGCACAACUGCCAGAUUUAUAGUCCUGGCCUGUCCCCUGUACAACACAUAUUUCAGAUUAAGAAGCUAAAGAGGCCUAUGAUAUGUGGGAAGCGUGUCCAUAUCAUAUUUAAUGUGAGGUUACCCCUGGAUAGUUUUCCAUGAGCAGCUUACAAAUGCGGCUCAUGUUGCUUUGGGAAGAAUUACAAUCAGUUGAUUGAUGUAAGAUUAGACUGGCCCAGUAAAAUUAUAAAUAACCAACCACUGGUUUUCUCUAACUGGGUGCCCUAACUAGAAGUUACUAAUGUUUUCACAUUCAGUGGUGUUACAGUUUAUAGCAUAACAGUACAUUUUCACAUAUUACCUUUUAGAGUAAUUCUCACAGGUGACUGACUGUGACUGAAGCAUUGCAGAUCCAAGUCCAGUAACUCUAUGUACUUGAUCUUUGGCUUGAUCUUUACAUCACUUCCUCAAAAACUUAAUAAAAAAGGUGAAAAACAUUUGGAAGAAACAAGUGGCUUUUUCAACUGUAGUUUUAUUUGCAGCCAAUUAAUACAGCGUCUAGGAAGGGAUCAACAUCAAAGCCCUUGGUGUGAAUGAAUUGCUCCAAGAGACUAAAAUAGAGACAGAACAAAUACUUUCUAUAAUGCAUUUGAAUCCAUUUUCCCCAAAAUGUUUUAUUAUGUAGUCAUUCCCUGUGAUAUGAACUGAACUCUCAGAGAAAAAAUAUCAACGAGGUUAUUCUGACCAGGGUUCCAUGAAGCUGACCAAGAGACAUGAGGUGGAUACAAAUAAGUGAGAGGAGUCUUGCCUUCGCUCUUUGCAAAAAUGUAAGAAUUCGUUUGUAAACCAAUAAUAUGUAUCAUAGUAUAUUCUUGAAUUUACUUCAUCUGUGAUACCACCACAUUACUUCACUUUCAUGAUUUCGUACAGUGCAGUAGAAUUUUUAGUAUGUUUUAGUAUCGCCUUUUAGCCUCCUAAAAUUACCCCAUGUCCCUUUCCUUUCCACUGAUUUUUUUUUUAAUUGCUUUGUUCAGUCAAUCAUUUUUAAAAGGAUGCCAUGUUAUUGUUCUCUAUGUUCAGUUGACUGUUGCUCCAGAAACAUUGGGAGACUUAUUUGUGCUUCUCCCAGUCCUUCCCUUAGCUGAGCUGCCAAUUCCCCUACAAUAUUAUAUUGUUCAUUUUACUGGGGAAGAUGAUCAAGAAAUACCAUUUUCAUUGUCAAGUUGAAUAAAAGAAACAACAGUUACAUUGAGUGAGAAUUACUUGCAACAUUUACGGACUUCUCAAAUCUACUUCAUGCCAACAGGGAGGACAACAAAUGCUCUACUGGAAGAUAAAUCCCAUUUUUGUCUCUGGUAUUGACUCAUAGGAGAACAUACCACAAGAGACAUUGUUCUAUCAAUUUGACUACCACUAGUCCCUGUGAUUCUGAGAUAUCACACUUCCCUGAUUCCCUGUAGACCAAAAUACAGUAGGUCAAGUCAUUCUGAUCAACCUGGUGACCUCUUAAUUGUCAUUGUGUUUAAAGACCAAGGGGAGGAAUAGGCAUCAUUUCCUAAGGCAGCUCAAGGUGGAAGAGCAUUUUAGUUGUAUGUACUGCUAGUCAUCCCUAGCAUGUUAAAAUGUGUGCAUCAAAGUACUUGUUUCAAAAUGUAAAUUUUAUUAGCAUAUAAAUUGACAGUCCUCUUUCAUGAAAUAUGCAAACCUGGGUGUAAGGAAAAUGGUUUUUAUUCUUUUGGGUAUGCUUCUUUCCUGUAAGAUUGCAUUCUGUAUAUAUAAGUUUGAUGUAAAUAAGUAAAAGUCUAUAUUCAAGAGUUUUAUUUUAUUUGUAUUAAAAAUCCUUUUCUACUUAAGAAUUGUAAAGCUUCAUGUUAAUAAAUUGACAUUAAUGAA